AUGUCAGAGGCACAAGUUACCCGGACAAUGGCCGGUGAAACGUGGAGAACGUUUCAAGAAUUGUUGGUGAUCUUGCCGUGUGAGGUCAAGCUUCGAGCUGAGACUUCCGAGGAAGCCGAACACGCGGUGUUGACGUUUCGGAGACACGUGCUUUCCAAUGUAACAGGACAAUUCAGAGACGAGAGAGGACAUCUCCUUACAACGACAAUGGCCAUCAUAUCAGGAUUCACGCUCAUUCGCGCGAUUUCACUCUUCCAUAUCACGGCGGCGUACUUCUUCCUGACCGCACCGAAGACAAUCGCGGAUCAGAAUGCGAUCUUCAUAUUGGGCGAAUCGAUGAGAUUGCCUCAUGCCACCUCUCUCGACAAGCCCAACGAUGCAUCUGCUUUCAUAGGAGUCUUACUGGCAUUCCUUGGCAUUGUUGACCUGACAGCGGCAUCUAUGGAGGAAGGGAUUGCCCUUCACUACUGGCUAUCAAACGUCCCUGUCCGCCUCGUGUUCUUCUUCGUGCUCACGGCCUACACCUAUCUCUUCAAAGAAGGCGGCGCACUUGGUCCGACAUCCACCUCUUUCGGCAAAGCAUCCCUCGGCGAGCCUCUUCAGAACAGCUUGGUCUUCUCUUUCGGCUUUGUUGAAAUCGCGACUUGGUUCUGGAUCUUCACCAGCCUCCGGGAAGAGCGCCGCGAGAUGGCGCGCAAGCGGAUCGAGGACCUGAUAGCAGAGGAGGAUCGGCUAUGA